AUGAACCAGAAAGCGUCAGACCCGAAUCAGCCAAUCAGAUCGCCGUAUCAUCAUGGAGCCGGCACUGCCGGCAGCAACGGCUCCAGGCCAUCACCGCCGUUUCGCAACACCUUGACAGGCGGCGCAUCAUUCCAAGAAGCUGCUUUCCAUGAAGCUGCCUUCCAGGAAGCUGCCGCCUUCCGUGCAGCUGCUUUCCAGGAAGCUUCUGCUUUCAGGGCAGCUGCGUUCCAGGGAGCUGCUUUCCCAGCAGCGCCUCCCCGGGUAGGGCCACCCCGGGUAGCGCCUUCCCAAGUAAUGCCGCCCCAAUCAGUGUCCCCCCUAGCACCGCCGCCCCUGGCAGUGGCUUCUUCAGGCUUUCGGCCUUCCAUGGCGGCGGUGUCGCCACGUGGCAGUGCUUGGAACAGCUCUUCUUCGAUACCCCCCGAGCAGUUCAUCCGGUGGAGCAACCAGGUGCGCCCCUCCCUGUGCCGCCCACCUGAUCCUGUCAUGUGUAGAGAGGGUGUUUUUGAGACGUCUCAAAAACUCCCACCAGAGCAGUUCAUCCUGUGGAGCAACCAGGAGGACCGCAUUUUGCUGCAGCACGUGAUGCGCCACGGCACGCGCAACUGGGGUCUGCUGCAGCAUCUUCCGCCUCAAGCCACUCACUAUCACCCAUUCUCACCCAUUCUCACCCAUCACCACCCAUCAUCACUCCCUCAGGAGGACCGCAUAUUGCUACAGCACGUGAUGCGCCAUGGCACGCGCAACUGGGGGCUGCUGCAGCGGAGCCGAGAGCUGCCUCUCCGGGACAACAAGGCCUGCUGCAACCGCUUCAUCCUCCUUAAGAAGCGAUUCCUGGAGCAGCAACGCCUGCAAACCGCCACCACCGACACCGCCAACACCACCACCAACACCACAACAACCACCACCACCACUGCAGCUCCCGCCACGGAAACUGCUGACCCACGUAAGGACCCAAGGGCAUCUGCAGGGAAGGAACGGGACUCCGCUGCUGCUGCUGCUUCCUCCUCUGCACCAAAACGAAGCCCUUCCUCUGUGUCUCUUGCUGCUGCUGAGGCCUCUGCUGCUGCUGCUGCUGCUGCUGCUGCUGCGGCUGCUGCUGCGGUUGCUGACGCAGCUACCAUCUCAGAACAAGUGCAGGAUAUACAGAAGAAAGAGGGAAAAGAAGAGAAAGUAGAGGAGGGUCUGGUUCCUUCAUCCCACCUCUCUGCUUCGGCGCCUUCCAGCCCUGCUGCCGGACCUGCUGUACCUGCUGCUUCCGAACCUGCUAUUUCCAGGUCUGCUGCUUCCGAGCCUGCUUCUCCAAUCCUGCCCCGUGCGUAUUCUGUUGGAGGUGCCACGUCAGUCUUGCCCGACAGAAGUGCUGUCAAGAGAUUCGUGCGCGAUGGGGAUGGGAGAGGAGGAGAUGGAGGAGGUGGAGGAGGUGGAGGAGGUGAGGGAGGGGAAAGCGGGGAUGGGGUGACAGGUGCUCAGCAGAGUAGUUGGAACGAGCUUGGGGCAUGUGAGGAGGGGCGAGGAGGAGAAGGAAAGGAUAGUGGUGCGAUUGAGUGUGGUAAUAAGAAGUCCAGUGUGGGUAAGGAGGAUGGGACGGGAGGUGGUGUUGCAGCGAAUGGAGAGGGGAGUGGUGGUGGGAUGACUAAAGGGAAUGGAGGUGGUGAUGGUGGUGGAGGUGUGACUAAAGAGAAUGGUGAGGGAAGUAGUGGUGGAGGUGUGACUAUAGGCGAUAUGUUCAAGACACUGCUGCAUGCGAAUGCUCAGCACGUGGCUGCUGCCAUUCUGGAUUGGAAGGAUCGGGUGUGUGGUUCGGAUGACAGGCAUGUGCCGAACCUGGCUGCUGCGGUGAAGCUGAGGGAUGUGGGGCCAGUCGGCUCGGUGCAGCGCGGUUCGGUGCAACGUGGGCAGCAGCAGGGGCAGCCGCAGGGGCAGCAGGGGCAGCAGCAGGCGCAGCAGGGGCAGCAGGGGCAGCAGGGGAAGCAGGGGCAGCAGGUGCAGCAGCAGGCGCAGCAUCAGACGCAGCAAGGGCAGCAGAGGAAGCAGGGUCUUUCUCUACUGCCUCACCCCUUUGUCCCUCCUGCCGUCACCACCCCACCUGCUCCCGCCUCCCCAUCCCCCCCCCCUCACUCCUCCCCCCCUCUCUCUAUCCCCCCGCUCUCCACUUCCACGGUCCUCGCUCCCCCUCAGCCCUCUCACACUCCCGAUCGCAUGCCACGCCUCUCAUCACAAGAGUUUCCACUCAACUAUACAAACAUGGGCGAGGGUAGGUGGCCUGUGAGUAGGUUCGGUAUUGCCGAGCCUGUUGUCCGAACCGCUCGGCUAGGUUCGGUGUGGGACCCAGCAGCAGGCAUGGCAGGUGGACUGGCCACACACAAUCCAACGAAUCUGGUGAAUGCAGCAGGUUCGGGGAAUGCAACAGGCUCGGGGAACGCAACAGGCUCGGGGAAUGCCGGAGGCUCGGGGAAUGCAGCCAGUGUGAGAAAUGCAGGAGGGCUGCAGCACAGAGCUGCAGGUUCGGGGAAUGCGGUAAGGAGUGAGAGGGAGUGUGGAUCUGCAGGAUCAAAUAUGACUCCUCCAAAUCCCGCGGGACUCGCAACAACAGGGAGUCAUAUUCUUGUAGCGGAGACGCAUCAUCCCAUGCAGCAGAUGCUGUGGCGGCAACACUUGCAGAUGCAGAUGGAGCGACAGGCACAGGGCCAAGGAGUGACAGGGGGGGCAAUUCAACUGGGAGUGACAGGAAAAGGAGAGGCAGCAGCAGGUGCAACAGCAGCACCAGACGCACAGGCCAUGCAGCAGCAGCAACACCACCAGCACCAGCAGAAGCAGCAGCAGCAGCAGCUCCCGUCGUUACGGAGGUCCUUUUCACACUCACUCUCUCACACUUCCUCGCCCUCCUCACACACUCGCUUCUCCCACACCCACCCUAUCCACCAGGGCACACACACCACUACUCCUUCCCUGAACCCCUCCCUCAUCCCCUCCCUCACUCCGUCCCUCACUCCCUCCCUCACUCCCUUCUCAUCACAGCUCUGGCAGCAGACCCGCACUCCUCUCUACCCUCUCUCCCGCCCCUCCUCCUCCUCCUUCCGAGCCCCCCCUCCUCUCCUCCCCUCCCUCCCCCUCGCCUCCACUCAUCCCGCAUCCGAUCACACUCCGCAGAAUCACACUCCGUAUGGUCACCCUUUGUUCAGCCAAUUUCCUCCUAUUGGCUCACCCAAACCAAGCUCAUCUGCCAUUGGCUCGCCAGCUGUCGGCUCCUGCGGGCCCCCUCCCAUCUCCUCGCCCUCUGUUGCUGCUGCCACGUCAGCAUCUCAAUCUGCCGCUGCCACGUCAGCACCCGUAUCCACAGCUGCUGCUGCAAGGGAUACGCAAGAAGCUGGUGAGAAGGAGGAGGGCGGUGGGAGGGAGGAGGGCAGUGAGAGGGGUGCGAGAAGGGAGGAGGAGGUGGAGGGUGGGAAAAGGAGCACAAUGGACGUGAGGGGGGAGCUGGAAGGGGGUGUGAGUGUGGGGCAGUGGCAGGAGCGAGGGGGGAGCGAGGGGGGGAAGCAAGGGCAAGCCAGGGAUGCAGAGGAAGGGGUGAUGAUCGCGGGGGUGAUGGGAGGAGAUCACACCUCCCCCAUUCCUCCCUCUGCUUUGCUCGGUGUGUCAGAAGAUGACGUCAUCAGCCUGCUGGUUGCGGACUGGGCCGCGGAAGACGCUGACCUGGCCAUGCGUGCUGCUGAGCUGGCAGCAGCUGACGUGGCACCGCCGCCACCACCCAGUCACGGUGGAGUUAGGGAAAUGCAGCCACAAGAGAGUGGAAGGAUGGAGCAGAGAAGAAUGGUGGACAGCAGUAGACCUGCCACCGCCACUACCCCUUUAAUGAAUCCUGCCCCUCCUGCUUUUCUUGGCAAUUAA